GCAGUCAUUACACGACGUGUUACGAAACAUGGAGGAAGUCAAAAACGAAUCUGUACUUGAAGUGGCUGAAAAUGUGGCAGAAGCUGCCAUAAAUGGCACCAAAAUACCUGCUACGCCGGAGGGUAUGGCAGUUGCAUACACUAGUCUUGUAGUGAUGGCUUUGGUGCCCAUUUUUUUCGGUGCUUAUCGCUCAGUAAAGUACCAUCAGGAACAGCAAAAGGAGGAAAACCCCCAGGUGGAUAGAAUGACUCAUCGUGAUGCUGCAAUGUUCCCAAUAUAUGCGUCAUGUGCAUUGUUUGGACUCUAUGUUUUCUUCCAGGUGUUUUCAAAGGAAUAUAUAAAUUUAUUGCUGACUGGCUACUUUUUUUUCCUCGGAGUGCUAGCACUUGCUCAUAUUUUGAGUCCCGUAGUUAAUGCUUUUCUGCCUGCAUCGUUCCCAAACAAGAAAUACCGUCUUAAGUUCUCGGAGGAAGGAGAUGAAGGACAUGAAGAAGAUGUCAUUGACUACUCGUUUGAUCGCAGAGAUCUGGUGACAUUAACUCUGUGUGGUAUAACAGGAGGAUGGUAUCUUUGGAAGAAGCACUGGAUUGCCAAUAACUUAUUUGGACUGGCAUUCUCAGUCAAUGGAGUCGAGCUUCUCCAGCUGAACAGUGUUCUAACAGGAGCUAUUUUACUCUGUGGUCUGUUCAUCUACGACGUCUUUUGGGUAUUUGGUACAAAUGUGAUGGUGACUGUAGCAAAGUCAUUUGAGGCUCCAAUUAAGUUGGUUUUUCCACAAGAUCUGUUGGAGAGAGGCUUAGAUGCACAAAACUUUGCAAUGCUGGGACUAGGAGACAUUGUCAUACCUGGAAUCUUCAUUGCACUACUGUUGCGAUUUGAUGUUAGUCUGAAGAAGCGUCCCGGAGGAAGAACGUACUUCUACACUAGCUUUGCAGCCUAUAUAGCUGGCUUACUUACAACCAUCUUCGUGAUGCAUGUUUUCAAACAUGCACAGCCAGCUCUCCUGUAUUUGGUACCUGCCUGCCUGGGAGCACCGCUAUUAGUCGCCACGCUCAAGGGAGAAUUGCACGACAUGUUUGCAUAUGAAGACAAUCCAGCAGAAGAAAUAAAAGCAGAUGAAAAAGUCAGCACAAAGGAGGAAACGGCAGCUGCGAAAGAUGGACUCAAACCUGCAGAAGCUCGUAAAGACAAAUAAUAGGUCACGUUCAAGGUUAAAUGCAUAAAUAUGAUUAUGCAAGACUUUGGAGAGUUCAUAUAUUAAUCCGACUACUAAGGAUUCUAUGGAAUUAGGGUUAUUUUGUUCCUCUUGUCAAGCAGAGGUAGUACGUUAUAUUCCCUGAUAGGUUGAUUUUUAUCACCAACUGGGACCAUGCUUCUGGGUGUUGUGAUUGGAUUAAAUUUUUGUGUAAAUGACACAUUUGUGUUUCCCAGCAGGGAGGCAACACUGGUAAUUUUGGAUGACAACACUUUCAAAAAUUCUUUACACUAGAACUCUAAAUACAUAAUAAUAUCUAAUAUUUAAAUAAAGAAAGAUAUUUAUAUGGAAAAGAUGGUGUCAUAUCUUGAAAGUAGAUAUAGUAAAGAGAAUCUGAUGUACAUGUAUACUUUUAUGCGUUUAUUUAACAGGUAUAAAGGUCGACUCUUCUUUGUAUUCGUUUUCUGUGCAAAUAUAUUAUGCAAAGGAAAAAUUUUGAGUUUGCAUGCAAAUAUCUUCACGUUCUUGUAUACACGUUUUGCACACAUUUUAUGGUCUCAUGAGUGAAUAUCCCCUGAUAAAUAUGUUUUCAUAUAAAUAUCUAAAUACACUAUAGUUCAUAGCAAAAUUAUUUUUGUGACACAAAUUUUUAUUAUACAUCUUUUCAGCUAUACGAUUUUAAAUUGUGAGACUGAAUUUUCUGAUAAGUGAGGACUGAUAUGCCUGUUAAUUUAAUAAAUGUUGUGUUUGCAAGCUAUAUACAAUACGAA